ACUCGUUUGACCCAACACUCGUUACUGCUGUUUUUGUUUAUUUGUACUAUUAAAUUAUUUGUUUUAUUAAUUUGAUAAAGAAAUGUAAUUAAAAUGUCUCAGUCUUCAUCAGAUUUUACUGAACGUGGAGCAGAGUCUAAUCCGGGUUCGUUAGGAGUGGGCUACAUUCCUACAGAGGAGGAGAAAAGAGUCUUCAAAGAGUGUGAUCAUGAGAGCUUCUGGUACAGAUCUGUACCUAUAUCAGCUAGCAGUAUGGCGCUAACACAGCUUCUCAUCUCUAGAGGAUUUUUGACGUCAUCUACGAGGUUUGGUUCUCUGCCCAAAGUGUUCUUUGCCGGUGUGUGUGGUUAUUUUGCAGGUAAGGUGUCUUACAUGAGGACAUGUCAGGAGAAGUUCCUUCGUUUGGAGAACUCACCGCUUGCAGAAGCUCUCCGACAGAGACGCCAACAUCAGCACCCGCCGCAUUUGGGUAAUGUUCCCUCAGAUGAGAAGCCUCAGUUUGGUGGGUUGGUUCAGUCUGACAUUGUCACCGAGUCCCCAUAUUCCUCUUCACAAUCAUCACUCAGAUACCCACCACAAACAAACGAGGUGCAUGAUGAGGAAGAAGAAAUGCAGAAGAAACCGAUUCUGUAUGAUGAACUGCGCAGCAGAAACAGAGAAAGCUACGAUAAAACACACAGAGAAACACUGAAACAGGAAGUGAAGAAGAAUAAAUAUGGAGAUCAGUGGGAGGAAUGAGAACAGGAACCUCAUCUGGAACUGGUUCAGAUGAUAAGAUGUCACAGUAUUUCUGUAUUUAUUCAAUGUGAAUAAAAAUUCUACUACAUAAACUCAA